CCCUGGCAUCCGCUGCGCUUAGCGUUUUUAAGGGACACGUGAAUCCAUUAAAGCAUCUGAAUGUUGUUAAUGGUAAACCGUAUUUCGACAGAAAAACAAAUCGGUAAAGAGAGCUUUGCUGAAGUACAAAUAUUUAUCAUUUUAACAGAAAAAGUUCUUCGAAGGAGACUAGAAGAAACUUAUCCCACCUCAGGAAAAUGGCGUGUACCUACAGCGAGCGAUCUCUAAUCGUACUGGCAUUUUUGGGGAUUCUCUCUAUAGUUAUGUCCUUAUUGUCAGUCAUCCUGAUUUUUCAACUGCAAUCGCAUUACGCGGGAAUUAAGGAUAAUGCUGCACAGUCGUCGGUUUUUCCCACGGAAGUUUUGGCUGCGCUUAUGCCGGUAUCCGCGGUGCUCUCGGCCUUAUCUCUGAUGCUCAACCUCAGUUCUGUGGUGGUCUGCCUGCUUCACAGCUACUUCACUGCCGACAUUUGCAGAGAUGAGGAGAAUACCGGCAGAGCGGACUGGUUUCUGUUGGACAGCAGGGCCGUCCGGCAUGUGGCCAUUGGACUCUUUUGCCUCGGUGUCUCUGUAUUCCUGGCAGCCAUGUCCAUCUACAUGCUGCUGGUGUUCGAGAUGGAGACGGGCAUCGCCAGCGCCUGCGUCCUAGCAUGUGGCAUCCUGCUGCUGCUUGCCGCUGUGUCGCACUCCUUAGUGUGCGCGGCGAACACGGCCAGGCAGUACCACGGCGACCUCCCUGACACCAUGUACCGGAACGAGCAUGACGACACCCCCGGCAUCCACGCCUCUGAUGUCAACGUGGGAGGCGAACCCAAGCAGCACCGCCGCCGUCCCAGCCUCCAGCGCCAGCUCUCCUACCCGCCCUGCGCCGACCCCAAGCCACUCAAGCACCAGUACUCACCGUCCGGUAUCGCCCAGAGCCGUGGCAGCGAUAAAGAGGGCUACAGCAGCGCUGUGAGUGUUCCCAGGAUGCACCGCACCCUGUCGGCCGAGUCCGGGCUGCUGCAGACCCAGUCCAAGCCCUGGAACGGAGUCAACAGCGAGAUGAGGACUGUGCUAGCACGGAAGACAGGAGGUGCGGGCAAGGACUCCACUCUGGUGUGACCUGGGCCGACCCUGCAAGCGGCACAUCCAGGAAACACGCCACGUCUGAGUUUCGUGUUGGCUGGCUAGGGCAUCUUCAGUGACACUCUAACCGGUAUUCCCUGAACUCUUGGAAGUUUGUUUACACCUGAUGAAACUCCAUUUCAACUCUACAACUGUUGGGCAACUAAAUUCCUAUCGACAUACUCUAAUCGCCUUGAGGUAUACAGUUAAUUGUCUGUCGAACAGGACGAUUGGCAAACAUUUCCAGUGAAGUUCUUCUUUUGGGAUGUUACUGCGAGGCUCUUCUACUGCGAGUAGAAGUGAAAAAUGCAUAGAAGGAUGAUUCUUUUAUUGUAUUAAAGUGGCCGCGCAUUUAACGAGCCAGACUACAAAGGUGUUUGUCAAUAACUAUUUCCAAUAGUUGGAGAACACGAUGUGUGUGCUGAUUAAAUCAGGGCCUGCCUCUUGCCUUAUUUUGAUAUACUGUGGGAACAAUAAUUGUCGGAAUGAUUACACUUAAAAAGUAAGAAGUAUUAAUAAUAGUGUUAAGGUUUUCCUUUUUCAGUAAAAAUUGUUGUUCUGCUGUACUGAGCUCUGCUUUAUUUUAAUGUAAAUCAUGUAGAUGAACUUGAAGGCACUAUUUAAGUAGCAAAAAGUAAGUUCAUAGUUAGCAGUUAAGGCUUUAUGUGUUUUCAGUGUUGGUCUUGAGCUUUACAGACCAAGGGUGGUCUACAUGAACGGCAAUAAAACUAUUCUAUUACACAAUGUGUAGAUUACAUAGUAUAGUAUAUUA